AUGCAUAGUCAAUGCAAAUUGACGGAAUUCACCUGUAUAUUUUGUGGGUUUGAGAUGCCUCCACUGUGUAUAUGUGUUUUAAGGAAUAUAGAAGAUGUCCCUGUAAAGUGCCUGUCUAUAAUAUUUUCGACAUCAUCUGAUAACAAAUUUUCAUCUUUUAGUGAAGAAGUAGCCUAUAUAAACUUAAAAGAUCUUCUAAUAAUUUGUAUAGCUGCAUCCGAGAAUGGAGGAUCCUUAAUUUAUAAAGUUAGAUCAGAUAAUAAUUUAAAUAAAACAAGUAAAGGUAAAACUAAAGAAGGUGCAAAUGAUCCCCUAACUAAUGGAGAUAUAUAUUCAAAUAUAAUAAUGCAGAAAACAAUUAAAACUUUAUUUCCAGGAAUAAAAAUUGUUUCAGAAGAAAAAAACCAACUAAAAGAUAUUAAAAUAACAAAUCACAUAAAGAGUAUAACUAAUAUUCCUGAUCAAAUUUAUAAUCAAAAUGAUUUGCUAAUAUGGAUUGAUCCUUUAGAUGCAACUCAAGAAUUUACAGAAAAUCUCUUGGAUUAUGUUACCACAAUGGUAUGUGUAGUUGCUAAUGGGGAACCAAUCAUUGGAGUGAUUCAUAAGCCAUUUCAAUCAAAAAAUAACACAUAUUGGGCUUGGGUUGGAAAAGGACAUUCCCCCAACUUAGAGAGAACGACUUUUACAGAUCAAAAAAAUGUUAUAAUCUCACGCUCCCAUCCUGGGGAAAUAGACUCGAGUAUUGCAGCAAUCAUUGGGCAAGAUAAUUUUACUGUUGUAUCUGCUGGCGGAGCUGGUUACAAAGUUUUAGAAGUAGUCAGUGGUAGGGCCGAUAUAUACUUACACACAACCUAUAUCAAAAAAUGGGAUAUUUGUGCCGGAAACGCCAUCCUAAACGCUCUCGGGGGUUCAAUGGUUGAUUUGAAAGGUCGCGAAAUACAAUACGGUGAUCAAAAUGAUUAUAUAUUGAAAGAUGGAUUAAAAGCUACUCGAUCUUAAUUUUAUUUUUUAAAUGUAAACAAAUCAUAUACUGCUUCGUGUUUCAGGGAAAAUAGAUUUGUAUAAAUAAUAAUUAGUAUUAUAUAUAUAUAUAAUUAUGAUUAUAUAAUGUUGAAAAAUAAUAUAUAUCGGGAAUAAA